ACUUCCGCAUUUCGACGUGAGAGAAACACCAACAACUGAGAUAGCGGAACAAAAAUAAUUCAAAUGAACCGGACGUCAAGCCCGUGCGAUUUCCAGCCAGGAGGCUAAAUGCAACACAACAACUCGCAUGAAGACCAACGACCACAUUUAGAGGCAAGUUGAUUUCACGGACUAUACAUGCAUUUCGUUUCUUUCCGGUUGAUUUGCGACGAAACUUUUCGUCUUGCACUGCAGCACUUGGACAUCAUUUGUUGGAAGGCGAGUGUGUGAAGAAUCGAUUUCGAUUAAAAAAAACACACACUAUAUACGUUGUAUCUGGUUGAAAUGACAUGUUUAUAACUUUGCGUGUGUGAGAGAAGCUGUAGUGAAGUGAUUGUCAUUGUAGUGGGCAAAACAAUGAGUGAAUUAUCUCCAACUAAAAUAUCAAAUCAAGCAAGCAAAUAAGAACCCCGGUAACUUAUGCGUACAUCUUGUCCAACGUUUUUUUUCCGAGUCCAGUACAGGACAUUUUUUUUACAGUCAAGUUGGAUUCAAACUUGUCUGAAUUGUUAUUUCACUUUUAUGUGGCAUUUCCCCUUUCUUACAUUCAACGUUCAAACUGCACAAUGUUACAGUGGCUCACAAAAAUAGGAAACAUGUUGUUUAUUUUUUUCCGCACCUCUGUCUUUUGGCCACCAGAUGAGUCUCGUAAAGCUUUCAAUAUGAGUGAUGCACACCUGGUUUACAGAAGUAUUGUAUCAGACAAUAAAAGUGUUUGAACUCUUGGAAGCAACUCAUUCUGCUGUCCAGAUGUGGGGCACGGAAACAUCACGAAACACGCAAAAAAAAAAAAAAAAAAAAACUUCAUUGAGCAAUCAAGCGUUACUUACAAUGCUGGUUUUCCAGAUGUUCUCCCUGUUGCUGCUGAUUUGCUGCUUGCCACGUGGGGGCGACACAUCUCCAAUUAGUUGCUACAAUGACCAAGGAGAUGCCACCGACUGGUUUUACAUGUACAAGCUGCCAAAGAAGCACGGCACACAAUCGGGUUUAAACUACUUGCUGCUGGACAAGGGCAGCACCGCCUGGACGCCCGGCCAGGGGAGCAUCAAUGACACCACGGGAGCGCUGGGCAGGACACUCGGACAACUCUACUCGCAGGCUAAAAAUGCAGAAGUAGCGUACGUCCUUUACAACGACCAAGAUCCGUCAGGGCGGAACCACAGAGGAGGACAUACGAAAGGUGUGGUGCUGCUGGACAGGUCUCAGGGUUUCUGGCUGAUCCACAGCACGCCUGCCUUCCCUCCAAUGCGACAAGCGGAACAUUACCAAUACCCUGGCAGCGGCGCCACUUAUGGACAGAAUUACCUGUGCGUCACCUUCCCGCUGGAGCGCUUCCACACCAUCGGCGAGCAGCUGCAAAUCAAUCAGCCCAACGUGUACGACUGCGACGUCCCACAAUCCUUCGCGACAGCGGCACCGGCUCUGGCCGCCGUGUGCAAAAAAGGCAGCCCGCGCGUCCCAGCCACCAAUCGCAGUGUCGCGCUGACGUCCAAAGGCGGUAGCGUCUUUGUCAGCUUUGCCAAGGGAGCCGCCUUCAAUGACGACCUGUACCAGUUGUGGGUGGCCCCCACCCUGCAGUCGGACCUCCUUGUCCAGUUCUGGAUCCACUCAGGCGGCAUCCUGCCGUCCAAUUGCAGCCUGGGCUGGAAGGUGCUGGACGUCACGCAGCUUUCCCCGGGCGGCGUGUUGACCUAUAACAACAGCAAGGACCACUCCAAGUGGGCCGUCAGCCCUGAGCCGGUCGCGGCCGGCGGAGGUUGGAUUUGCGUGGCGGACAUCAACCGCAAUCAGGCGGAGGAAAAGCGAGGGGGCGGCGCGCUUUGUCAGCGAGACGUCGCCGUGUGGAAAGCGUACCGGGGUGCCGCGCUCGAGUAUAAGCCGUGCCAGGCUGGGGCCCAACCGGCAAAUUAACAAAUUGGACAUUGGCGUCAAGAUAAAUGCUCUGAUAUUACUUUGGGUUUUAUUGAUGAAUCUGUUUUUUUUCUUUUAAUCUGAAAUACCAGACAGAUAUGUAAUUUAUACACCCCCCCCCAAAAAAAAAUCACUCUUGCAAUUCCUGGAAUUUUGUUGGGGGUGAAGCAAGUCAGAAAGACGUGGAAAAGAAAUUGGAGCGAAUGGCCCCCCAAAUUAGAAAUAGGUGUGGAAAAUAAAAAUAAAAAAUAAAAAAAACAUUGAGAAUCCAGAAUGUGGACAAAGGAACUGAAAGUUGUUGAAAAUGAACACGAUCAUGAGAUUGAAAGUGGCAAAGGAAAAGCAGGUACACUACAUGUAAAUAAUUCCCAAAAUUUGGAGAUAUGUGAAAAAACUCAUAAUAUAAAAUAACACAAAACUGAAAAAACAAAACAAGGUUUGGAAAUACAAGUGGGAAAAAAAAACAAUUUGACAUACUGGCGACAAAAUUGACACAAUGUACACAUUUUGGACAGACGUGCAACAAAAUCUUGACCUCCAAAAUAAAUACAAUUUUGUA